GGCAUAGAAGACGCAUCAAUGGCUUCAUCAUCAACAACAGCCGCCUCUUUCGAGGCCACGCCGGACUCAAAUCCCGAUCUCCCAACCCCAACCGAUAGUCACAUUCCAGCAUCUUCAGCCCGUCCUCGAAGCUGCAUCCACUGCCGUCAACGAAAGAUCAAAUGCGAUCGCCAGCAUCCUUGUUGUCACUGUGUCCGGUCCAAGCUGGAAUGUGUCUUCCCGACCGGUCGGGGCAGAGCCGCCAAGAAGCCUCGCACCCACUUAGAUGGCCUGCUCCUGGAUCGCUUACACAGGUUGGAGGCGACUAUCACCAGCCUCAAGAAGGAGCGAGACCUGAAUAGUCCGAAAGAAGCUGUUGAUUCUACGAAUUCUGCUCAGUCACCCUCGUUGGAUCAAGUUGGGGAUCCUAGCUCAGGCAAUGCCGAUGUUGAUUCUCCGAUCGAGAACCAACUCGGUCGUCUGAUGAUUGACGACACCAGGAGCUACUAUGUCAGCAACAUUCUCUGGACCAACCUAGGAAACGAGAUCGAAGAGCUUCGCGACAUGCUACACGAGUCUGUAUCUGAAGACGAAGACUACCCUCCUACAGAAGUUGCCGAGUCAACAACAGGGCCAUCUCCGGGGACUAGCGGCGCUCUACUCGGGUUCCGAUCCCUCUCCCACUCUCUCAAGUCGUUUCACCCUCCGCUCCCGCAGUCAGUCACCCUCUUCAGACUGUUUAGUGAAAACGUGGUGCCUCUGGUGCAUUUGUUCCACAUGCCGACCACAAGGCGCAUGUACUGGGAUGCCGUCGUCUCAGACUCUCUCGAUAGAAACACAGAAGCUUUGUUGUUCGCCAUUUACUAUUCGGCCGUCAUCAGCAUGGACGAAGCCCAAUGCGAGAGUGUCACCGGUCUCACACGCACAAGCGCCCUGGACAAGUAUCGCUUUGCGUUUGAACAGGCCAUGGCUCGAGCAAACUUUCUUUGCACGCAGAGCAUGACCCUCUUGCAGGCAGUCGUGCUCUUCCUCUCUGCGCUUCGCAAUGAAGACGAGUCACGUACAACUUGGUCUCUAACCUCUCUCGCCUUCCACAUCGCUCAAGCCAUGGGACUCCACCGAGACGGUGCAGUGUUUGGGCUUAAGCCACUUGAAGUUGAACUCCGUCGGCGUCUAUGGUGGCACAUCUGCCUCAUAGACAUACGAUCAUCCGAGUUUCACGGCUACGAGCCUGUUGCUCGCGGGUCUUCUUUCGACACCAAGCCUCCACUCAACAUCAAUGACUGCGACAUCAAUGCUCAGAUGAAAGACCCCCCGCCAGAGCACGAAGGCGCUACAGAAAUGAUUUUCUGCCUGAUCCGAUGCGAGGCCCUUCAGUCUGGGUGGAAAGUGGCCUACGCACCCCCGAGCAUGCGAGCCACGGGCUCAUCUGAUAAUGGCAUGUCAGCCGCCGACCGUGAGGCAGAGCCAUCUCUUCUCAGAAGGCGACUGGAAGAGGGCUAUCUACGAUACUGCGACACUUCAGUCCCGUUCCUGUUCCUCGUUUCAAUAGUCACGCGGCUCAUUCUGGCGAGGUGGUGGCUUGUCGUUCACUACCCAGCGCGAGACAAGAGAAAUUCCGACCCGACUCUCCGUGAUGAGCUCUUUUCAACCUCGAUCGAAGUCCUUGAGAUGUCUGUCAAGAUCCUCACGAGUAAAGCUAUUGCCCAUUGGACCUGGCACUCCAAAACACAUAUCCAGUGGCAGGCAGUGGCACUCGUCCUCUCAGAGAUUUGCUCCCGUCCACCGUCUGCUGAGUGUGAUCGGGCUUGGGAGCUGGUCAACCUCGUCCAUGACCGGUGGAACAUGAAGGAGCCCGGCAAGAAAGGCAACCUGUGGAGGCCUAUCAACAGACUCAUGGCCAAGGCUCGUUACGUCCGGGAGAUGCAGAAGAUAGAUCCCCAAGGCACGGGGCAUGCCCCAAAUGCUGUGCCUCCACCUAUCGACUCUGUGCUCCAGGCAGAAAAUGUGCAGAACUUGUUUGGGAUGGAGCCUACCAAUUCGUUUCUAGAUCUUUCCCUCGAAGGGCUUGAGGCUGACAUGUUUGAUGUCCCGGCGGAUGGGACUUGGCAGUGGGACGAAUUAUUGGCAUUCGAUGAUAUAUGA